GUUACACAAAUGUUACAGAUAACAAGUUCCACUGAGCUUGUUUUGCCGCUUCUUCGUCUCCGCCCUCCUAGUCGGGUAUUCAAGCCCUGGAUAUGCCUCAUCAAGACCGGUGUCACUUGGUGAUUGGGUGAAAUAGCUACCCGGUGCCUGCAUGCGGUUUGAUGUUUCGACUAUAAAACGCGUGGUUUCUCAAUGCUGAGAACUAAUGACCGCAUUGUGUGAGCUUCCACCAAGACGACCAGGAGGCAGACAAUGACUAUAACGCUAGAAUUCGUCGCCAUGACGCAAGGGCUUGCGAGACUGAAGGGGGAGGCAAAGCGAACGUCGUGCAUCAUGGAUGCACAGGCCCUGUGCCCCAACCAAGAACUAGUGACGUAUGGCGUGUCGUAUAUCUCGUUUAUCCCGAACGAGCUCCUCGAGAUGAUAUUUGUAGAGACAGUCAGAGCAACCACUAAAGCGGAUGAAGACCACUCUUCUUCCUGCGCGCUCACCAGUCUGCGCCUCCGACCCAGGCCCGAGCUUCUGCUUACGAGUGUUUCACAGCAUUGGAGAGCUGUGGCGCUCGAGAUGCCGUUGCUUUGGACGGAGAUCCGACUCUUCCUCCGGCAGAAUGUAGAUCUUGUCAAUCUUUACUUGUCGCGCUCACAAGGACAGCUGCUUGACAUGCGAUUCACUGGCAUUCUUUGCGAUUUUCAGGGCUCGCCUGAGUUUGACCCAGAUUACUUGCGCAUAUCCCGCAUUAUUCUCUCGCACAUUCAUGUCUGCCGCCGCUUAGAAGUCCAUGGGGCUUUCCCAUUCCCAACACUUCUAGACGGGAUCAAGCGCAUAAAGGCACCAAUGCUUGAAGAACUCAUGGUGCACUAUCCGCUAAACAUCCCGAAUAGCAGACAUCUUUUGUUCACUGAAGAUCUGUUCCUCUCUGCAGACCGCCUUACCAUGCUCACUUUAAGCGGCUUGUGGGUUUCCGGUCUUUCCCCUGAGACUUUCAGCAACCUUCUCUCUCAUCUCACGUCGCUGACUCAUCUCACGCUGGUCGGUGAACCCGUGGAUUAUGUUCGCAGCAGGGAUCUUCCCGUUGUCGAAAUACCCUUGCUCCAGACAAUGGUCCUAAAGCCCGGGCCAAACAUUUCAAGGACGUACCUCCCUACCGUCUUCCGGACGAUACGAGCCCCCGUCCUACGUGAGCUAGUACUUGAUUUCCACGCCGCGACCCCAUCACGUGAUCUCCAGUCGCUCAUGGACAAGCUGAAGCGUGGAGCACCACCCUUUCCCUCUGUACGCCUUCUCACGCUGUGCAGCAGGUCCAUGGCAUACGACGGGUGGCAUGCACUUGCCCACGCAUUCCCAGGCAUAACGACACUCUCGGUCUCCAAACGUAUCGUGAACCAGUUGAUGGGCUUCCUCUCAUGUGCUGGCAGACGAGAUGCAUUCCCAGAUUUGCGAACGCUGUUGUUUGACGACGUGCAGUUUGAGUGGUCGUUGCUACUCCAACUAUUGCAGAUCAGGGAAGCGGCGGGGAUGCCUGUUCGCGAGGUCAAGAUGAGGGACUUGAAGAAACAGGCGCAGUCUGAAUUGGUUGGGAAGUUGGUGGCUUCUCUUGCUAAAUACGCUCCCGUUGUGAUUGGUUGGACUUGAUUGCGGCAUGUAUAGGGCUAGUUACAGUAUUUGAUCUGGUGACCAACGGUGUG